CCUCUUCCAGGUGACUCCCCGGACCUUGGAGGAGCUGCGGCCCAGCUCGUUGAAGCCCAGAGCUUCGGGCGCGGCGGUGAAAGUCGGGUCGCAGAAGAGUUUCCCGUUGGAGCGGCAGUGAGCGCGCAGAGCCGCGAAGUCCUGGUUCAGGUACCGCACCGCGUUGGCGUUGGUGCCGAAGCCCGCGGCCAGGGCGCGCUUCUUGGCCAGAGUGGAGGCCACGCCGGACAUGAUGGCGGAGAAGAAGACGAAGAAGAAAAGUUCAGAAAACUCUCUGCAGAUUCUUCUGAUCAAACUUUUCCUCUCCGACAGAGAGCUCAGACCUCAUCACGGGGGAGGAGCCGGAUGACGGGUCUGUGCGCCGCGCCCUCUCGUUAAAUCCGUCUCUCUAGUGAACAUCUCCUCUGUUCUGUCGGUCAAUCACAGAAGCAGGAAACACCAAAUACAACCAUGAACACCAAGAAAUAACAGAAGAAACGGAUACAAGUCUGUGGACAUAUAUAUAUAAAUAUAAUAUAUAGUUCAGGAUCAGUGUUUUUAAAGGUUUGAGCCGUUUACAGCUGGACUCCUGAAGGAGCUGUUAGUCAUACUAAUAAUAUCACCAUACAGGAAACAUGUGGGAGCGUCAGUAUUAACUCAGUGUUCAGUUACACCCUCCUUCUCUGAGAAACACCAGAGACCAGCUGUGUUCAACUCCUAUACUAGAAAAAGUCUUUAAAAAGUACUUAUAUAAAUAAAUAAAAUGUCAUUCAAAUCCUAUAAAGGUGCUGAAUUUAAAAUUAAAAGGAGAUCUAUUGCCUCCAAAUUUGGCUUUUAACAUUGCGACUGCUGAGCCGGCGGCUAGCAGCUAACGGUGCUAACAACACUAACAGUAAAAACAGCUAACGGUGCUAACAACACCAACAGUAAAAACAGCUAACGGCGCUAACAGAGCUAACAGGAGGGUGGGCGCUACACUUCUCCAGUAUCACCUUUAACCGCCGUAUCAGAACAGAUCAGCUAACCAGUGGGGCUCAUAAUGCUCAUGUGGACUCAUGGGUCCACCUGUGAGGACUGGACAGCUAGGCUCUGGGUUGUGCGACGCUGAGCAGCGUCUGAAGGCUCAGCACGGUGGAGGAGGUCUGGAGGGUUUGAGUCUCAUAUGGACAGCAGGGGGACAUGAACAUCUGGUUUCCAUCUGAGUGUCUGGACCUCCAUCGGUGACCCAGUUCAGUUCUGCUGCAUUCAGGCGUCACUCAGUGCUGAACGAGUCCAGGUGAUCUGAGUGCUUCUGAUCCAGGACUGAAAUGGACUGCUGGUGCUACCUGGUGAUGUCUCAGAGCCUCCUGGACUUUGGCGAAGUCUGAACUGAAGAUCUUGAGACACCCAGAGACCCAAAACCUGUUCAGAGUCCAGUCUGUGUUGGCACAUCACUGUGUUUAUCAGACUGUUUGCUCUCUCUGAAUAAUUCAGAGUCAACUGAUAUCAUACUGCUCCUUCAGCUGGACCGAAGCUCAGCCCCUUCACACCUGACCACCUUUAUACCUGAUGCACACACACACACACACACAAACACCUCAUUUAGUCUCAGCAGACCUUCGGCAGACCAUCGGCCGACUAUCGGCCGACUCUGGAAGGAUUCUCGGCGGACUUUCGGCAGUCCCUCAGUAGAAACACUCUCAGGAUGGCAAACGUGGCAGCAGAGCUGGCUAGGAGGAAGGCUCGAGACAAGGAUGUGUCGAGCGCCGUCCCCUUCAACCAGCAGAACUUUGAGCAGCUGCAGAAAGAGUGUCUGAAGUCCGGCUCGCUGUUCUGUGACCCGACCUUUCCCGCAGACAGGGACUCUCUGGGAUACAACCAGCUGGGACGCUACUCGUCCAAAACCAUCGGCACAGAGUGGAAACGACCCACGGAGCUGAGUUCUGAUCCUCAGUUCAUCGUUGAUGGAGCGAAGAGAACAGACAUCUGUCAGGGAGUGCUGGGUGACUGCUGGCUGCUGGCUGCCAUCGCCUCUCUGACCCUGGACCCUCAGAUUCUGAACAGAGUGGUUCCUCCUGGACAGAACUUUGGCUCACAGUACGCCGGCAUCUUCCACUUCCAGCUGUGGCAGUAUGGGCAGUGGGUGGAGCCUAA